AUGAUCAUCCCAGUUCGUUGCUUUACUUGUGGAAAGGUGAUUGGGAACAAAUGGGACACAUAUGUGGAUCUUCUCCAGGCUGAUUACACCGAAGGGGAUGCUCUUGAUGCGAUUGGGUUAGUUCGAAAGCUGAGUGGAGGUCCUGCUUUUACAGUGCCUCAACCUGAUGAAGCAAUGAGUAUACUUGAUGAGAAAGCUUCAGAAUUGGAGAGUCCAUUAGGGGUUAUAAUGGAUGGAGUUGCUCUUAUAGUCUUCGAAUCACUGCAUCGCUAG